CGGUUUGAAAGAUGGCGGGAGUGACGGUGGAUCUGGUAACGGACGAUGAAGCGGACAACAGGGAUUCGGGUACUUUAAUCAGCGGGGAUUUGCCGGUCGUGUUCCUCUGCUCCCAAUGUCGGCUGCCGGUGGGAGACUCGCUGGCCUGGGCCGGAGCAAACCCGAAGGAGGACAUGAUCUACCUGAGCAGUGUUACUAAAAAUAUCAAAGUAGACAAAGAACAGAAGGUAGACACUGCAGAUGAAUCUGGUUGCAUUUAUGUGUUGUUAUCCUGUAGUGGCUGCUCUCUGUUGCUGGGUAGAAUGUAUCAUUGCACUCCAGUCCACCUUGACUACAAACGGAAUGUAUACUGCUUGUCCGUAGCCUAUAUUGAAAGUUAUGUCCUUGGCUCCACCAUGAAAGCAGAAUUUGUAGAUGAGAAGAAAAAGCCAGUCGUCCUAGAAACUCAAGUUGAAGUUCUUGAAGAAUUGACAAAGUCACAAACUGUGCUGAAUCUAAUGCUCGCAAGACUUGCUGCUGUUGAAGAAAAGAUAGAAUCAUUGCAGAAUAAAGAAUAAUUCUGACAAGUAUGACAUUCAAAAUUUAUAAUAUAGAGGCCUCAUAUUGAAGGUAUAAGCAGACGACAGAUGUCCACUCUUGUAGAAUUAAUUCAUUACAAGCAAUCUUUUGAGAAAGUUGUUUUCUUUCUUCCCCUGUCUGGUUGUAUGCUGACUUUGUUUGUUGUCUAAAUUCAAACCUUAGCUCAUGUUUGUCAAAUAUUUGAUGUUAUGCAUUGUUCUAACUUCUGAACUUUAAUUUCAAUUCUCAGUCCUAAG